GAUGCGCACAGCGAGGACACCGCAGCACAGAAAUGCGCACAGCUCCGAGCCAGACCCGGCUGUAGCUUCACCUCCCGGCACCCCUCACCCUGCUCUCAGCACAAUGGCUCACAGGGAAUAUGGCUAACUUUGACAGACUUUGCGUGCCACGGGGAAAUGCCCUGCGAGCGGCUCCAUUGAGAGCACAAUAACAGAGAAGGGGAGGGGAGGGGGGGACCCGAUUUCAGUCAUUUCUAAGGCAGCUCCUCUCCCACUUCGGUUUGGAGAGAUGAUCACGGAGCUGCUGUGCACCGCCGUGGCUGUGGGUCUUUAUGUGAACACGCUAGACGCUGAUUUCUGCUACGAUGACAGUCGAGCCAUCAAGACCAAUCAGGACCUUCUCCCUGAGACUCCGUGGACCAACGUCCUGUACGACGACUUCUGGGGCACCGUGCUGACUCACAGCGGCAGCCACAAGUCCUACCGUCCCCUCUGCACCCUCUCCUUCCGCCUCAACUACACCCUGCAUGCCCUGCGGCCCUGGGGCUACCACCUGCUGAACGUGGUGCUGCACGGCCUGGUCACCGCGCUCUUCACAGCCUUCAGCCGCCAGCUUCUGGGCGCAGGGCUUUGGAGCCUGCUGGCUGGCCUUCUCUUUGCAUCUCAUCCGGUUCACACUGAAGCAGUCGCCGGUGUGGUUGGGAGGGCGGACGUUGGCGCCGCGCUGUUUUUCCUGCUGUCUCUUCUCUGCUAUGUGAGGCACUGUCGACUUCGUAGGGACAUCCAGAGCAGGAGAUGUGGAGGCAGCUCUUGGUGCUGGGGCUGGAUGCUGGCCAGCCUGUGGUGUGCAGCAGCCAGCAUGCUGUGGAAGGAGCAGGGGGUGACGGUGCUGGCCGUGUCGGCGGUGUACGACCUCUUCGUGUUCCAGAGACUCCGGUUUCGCCAGGCGCUUCUCCUCCUGCUUGGAAAGAAGAAGAACAUCAGUGUGUUGCUGAGUCUCUGCGUGCUCGCUUCCUGGGGAGUGAUUCUGCUGUCGGCUCGCCUCUACUGGAUGGGCAACAAGCCUCCCAACUUCUCCAACUCUGACAACCCCGCCGCUGACUCGCCACAUUUCCUCACUCGAACACUGACAUUCCUCCACCUGCCAGUCGCCAACGCUUGGCUGCUGCUCUGCCCCGACAGGCUCAGUUUUGAUUGGUCCAUGGAUGCCAUGCCCUUGGUCAGGUCCUUAGCCGACUGGAGGAACCUUCACACUGUUGCCUUUUAUGGAGGAUUCAUCCUCCUGGGUUUGUUUGGCCUUCAUGGCCCUGCCCUUAAAGCCAAGGAGACCAAUGGGAAAGCCUAUGUGACUAAUGGGAAAUCAAUCACUAACGGGAAUGGCUGCCAUGCCCCUGACACAAACCAUAACACAGACCAGGGGCCGCCAAAGACCACCCUGAAUGGGUCAGCAGGACCCGACCAAUGCCCCCCGCGGACGUCCCUGCCCCCUACACAACACCUAGUCCUGUUUUCAUUAGGCAUGCUCGCCUUGCCUUUCAUCCCUGCCACAAACCUCUUCUUUUAUGUAGGUUUUGUGAUUGCAGAGAGGGUACUGUACAUCCCCAGCAUGGGCUUUUGUUUACUGGUUGCUGCUGGGGCGAGAACUUUACACAUCAGACUGAGGACUAAAGGCUGCAGGGCCUUGCUGUUGUGUCUCUGUACGGGACUAGUGCUGCUGAAUGGACUCAGAACUGUUCAGAGAAACAGGGACUGGAGCAACGAGGAGAAUCUCUACAGGUCAGGGAUCGGUGCGAAUCCCGCUAAAGCCUGGGGAAACUUGGGGAACGUUCUGAAGAACCAGGGCAAGAUGGCGGAGGCGGAGAGAGCAUACAGAAACGCUCUUCACCACCGAGGGAACAUGGCUGACAUGCUGUAUAACCUUGGCUUGCUGCUGCAAGAGAAUGAACGUCUUUCUGAAGCGCUGCAUUAUUACAAACUGGCCAUUGGGAGCCGGCCAACACUGGCAUCGGCCUACCUGAACACAGGGAUCAUCCUGAUGAACCAGGGCAACCUGGAGGAGGCCAAGCGCACCUUUCUGACAUGUGCCGACAUUCCUGAUGAGAACUUAAAGGACCCCCACGCCCACAAGAGCUCCGUCACCAGCUGCCUGUACAACCUGGGAAAACUGCUCCAUGAGCAGGGUCAGCAGGAGGAGGCCCUGUCUAUUUAUAAGGAAGCGGUACAGAAGAUGCCCAAGCAGUUUGCACCACACAGCCUUUUCAACAUGAUGGGAGAGGCCUACAUGAGACUGAACCGACUGGAGGAGGCAGGUCACUGGUACAGAGAGUCCCUCAGGGCAAAGCCUGACCAUAUUCCUGCCCACCUCACGUAUGGCAAGCUCCUGUCCAUCAUUGGGCCAAAGACAGAAGCAGAGCGGUACUAUCUGAGAGCUAUUCAGCUGGACCCAACUAAAGGAAACUGCUACAUGCACUAUGGUCAGUUCCUGCUGGAGCAGUCUCGGCUCGGAGAGGCGGCGGAGAUGGCGGAGAGAGCAGCAGAUCUGGACCACUCAGAGUUUGAUGUGGUCUUCAGCGCGGCUCACAUGCUCAGGCAGGCCAGUCUGAAUGAGGCAGCAGAGAGACAGUAUGAGCGAGCAGCGAGCCUCAGACCAGAUUACCCGGCUGCUCUGAUGAACCUCGGUGCCAUCCUCCACCUGAAUGGGAAGCUUCCGGAAGCGGAGGCCAACUACCUGCGUGCUCUGAAACUGAAACCUGAUGAUGUCAUCACCCAGUCCAACCUGCGCAAGCUGUGGAACAUCAUGGAGCGGCAGGGACUCAGGGUCAAAGCGUGGGAUCGGGAUGCACAAGAGCGGCCUUCUAACUGAGAGAGCUGCUGCUCUGUUCUCUCUGUGAUGACAAUGUGUCCUCCAGACAGUGAAGCAGGACAGUAUAUGAAAGAGUUGGAGGCUGAACUCUCUACAAGACAGGAAAAAACAAUCUUUUAUGAGUUCUGACUGUUGUGGAAGACAGCUUAAGGCAUGUUGGAGAUGUGAAGCGCAGAAAGAGUCAACAGCAGUCCUGUUUGGUGGCUCAAAUCACUGAUAUUAUCAUACAUCAUUCAAGGGAGGCAAAUAACUGCAAAGUUCAAAAGAGAGAGAAAUGUCUCAAAAAGUAGCAGAAUAUUACUUUACUAUGAGAAAAUAAAGCUGGCUUAUGUUUUAAAGCACUUCAUUUGAGAGAGGAUGUACCAAACUAUUCAAACUAUUUCCACAGAUUGGGUUUGGAAGUUGUCAGCACUGAUGAGUGAAUGAGGCCAACUGGUUUUGUCAAAAGUAAACUCCAACAAUUUCAAGCAUUAGAGUCUUAUUACAGGUAUUUAUGAAUGCUUUCGCAUAUACAGUAUAAAACAAAGUUAUUAAUCGGGAUGUUAGUUGCGUCCGAAGACUACAAUUUUCAAAAGGCAGAAAAAAAAAAUUACUUUGAAACGGACCUCUGUAGACCACUCGUCAUCUCAGCCAAAUGCUAGCUGCUAAUACUCUGACACACCUGAAUCUCUGACACAUUGCAUUGUGGGUGAUGUAGGUUUUGAAUUGUUUCCGAUCCUUUCUUUUAAACUGUGCAUCGUGAGUUGACAGUUUUAUAAGAGUGCAAUGCUAAAUCUGUUGAGGAAUCUUGAAAAUAAUCAAAACUCUGAUUGAUAUCAUCAGGGUGCUCUUGCCAUUAACGUAUACUCUUCAGACAUUAAAUGCUUACCAAUAAAAGCAUGCUAAUGCGUCUUCAGGUACCUCCCUCUAAUACAGUGCUAUGUAGUCACUCGCCUAAACCAAUAAAAUAGCAGGUUAAAGCAUAAUGCAUAUCCAAUUCACAUUGUGUUGUCUGAGUCACUGAAAAUUGUUUGCACCUGGUGCAUUGUAAAUGCUUGUGACUGUAAACAGGUCAUGAGGAAACUCUUCAGCGGUGCCAAAGCUUGUACUGAGUCUCUACGCCUCUCGUGCCAAGCAAGAACUGAAACGUGUCGUGUUCCUUGUGUCGAAUAAAGAUGUUUCAUUUCAUGUGA